ACACACACAAAUAUUUUGUAUCUAUUCUCCUACACUUGUACUCUCUCCUCUUGCUUUAAAUCUCUGUUUUCCCCUCUGCUUUCUUUCUGACUUGCAUUCACUUGUAAGACACUCCACCUUCUCCCUUUUCUCCUCUCUUCUGUUUUACCCUUCACUUAUUUUUUUGGCUUUCUCAAAGUGAAAAUUGCAAGAUUUGUGGUAUUAUCAUCAUAUCUUGAUCUGGGUCAUUGUGUUUUUCAUCUGUUUGUACUGCUUUGUUGUGGAAAACUAAGUGUUUGAUGUUUUGGUUUUGACCCAUCUCAAUUUUAAGCUGUGUUUUUUCAAGUUCAGAUUUUGGCCCAUCUUCAGUUUAAAGGGAAGAGAGAUUUUAAUAAGGAUUUACUUUUACUAAACAAUGAUAUCCUUGAUCAAUAGUAUGAAUAGACCCUUGAAUGAACAAGAGAAAUGCUUGGAUUCACAGUUUUGGCAUGCUUGUGCUGGUGGUAUGGUUCAAAUGCCACAAGUUAACUCUAAAGUCUAUUAUUUCGCGCAAGGCCACAUUGAACAUGCCCAAGAAAUUAAUGUUGAUUUUAAGAACUUACCUAGAGUUCCUCCACUUGUACUUUGUAGAGUAUCAGGAAUUAAGUUUAUGGCGGAUAUUGAGACCGAUGAGGUCUAUGCAAAAGUGAGGUUAGUGCCAUUGAGGAGCAGUGAGAUUAAAUAUGAUGAAGAGGGUUUUGUGGGGUUUGAUAAGAGUCAAGGUGAGGAAAAGUCGGCUUCUUUUGCUAAAACAUUGACACAAUCUGAUGCUAAUAAUGGUGGAGGAUUUUCGGUGCCUAGGUAUUGCGCCGAGACAAUUUUUCCUAGGUUGGAUUACUCGGCUGAGCCUCCUGUUCAGACCAUUUUAGCCAAGGAUGUCCAUGGUCAAGUGUGGAAGUUUAGGCAUAUUUAUAGAGGGACUCCGCGCAGGCAUCUAUUGACUACAGGGUGGAGUAAUUUUGUGAAUCAGAAAAAGCUUGUAGCUGGGGAUUCAAUUGUUUUUUUAAGGGCAGAUAAUGGAGAUCUUUGUGUUGGUAUUCGUCGCGCAAAGAGAGGAAUUGGUGGAGGUCUAGAGUCACCUUGUGGAUGGAAUACAAGUAACUGUGCCCCCAGAUAUGGAGGUUUUCUUGGUCAUGCUAGCGGAGCUUUUGAUGGCGGUGAAAGUGGUACAAGGAAAGUAAGUGGUGAAUCUGUUUCUGAAGUAGCUGCUCGUGUGGCUGAGGGUCAGGCCUUUGAGGUUGUUUAUUACCCUCGAGCAAGCACACCAGAGUUCUUUGUGAAGGCUUCGUCUGUUAAGGCUGCAAUGAGAAUACACUGGUGCUCUGGUAUGAGGUUUAAAAUGCCUUUCGAGACGGAGGAUUCAUCUAGGAUAAGCUGGUUCAUGGGGACCAUCUCUUCUGUUCAUGUCGAUGAUCCUAUUCGCUGGCCCAACUCUCCAUGGAGGCUUCUCCAGGUAGCAUGGGAUGAGCCAGAUCUACUUCAGAAUGUAAAGCGAGUCAACCCAUGGUUGGUUGAACUUGUCUCCAAUAUGCCUGCAAUCCAUCAGUCGCCGUUCUCACCACCAAGAAAGAAGUUGCGCGUUCCACAGCCUCCAGAUUGCUCCCUUUUGGGGCAGCUUUCAAUGCCAUCAGUUCUCAGCAACCCCCUCAAUAUUCCUGCAGGCAUACAGGGAGCCAGGCAUGCUCAAUAUGGAUUGUUUACACAAGAUCCCCAUUUUCACAAACUGCAGUCGGGACUGUUUCCAUUUGGGUUCCAGCAGCUUGAUUAUGCUGCUGCUUUACCUUCAAAAAUCCCCAUCCAUGAAUUCAAUAAACCCCCUGAAAACAAUGAAAACAUUUCUUGCUUGCUGACAAUUGGAAAUUCUAGUCCUAGUUCAAACAAUAAUGGUAAGUCUAAAGCAACACAUUCGUUCUAUUUGUUCGGACAACCCAUUCUGACCGAGCAGCAAAUCUCUCAAAGCUGCUCAGGGGACACUGUUGGAAGCAGUUCACUAAAUGGAAUAGCAAACCCCUCGGAUGGUUCAGGAUCAGCAGUCAUUCAGAAUGGUACACUUGACAGUUCAUCCGAUGAACAAAAAUCAGGGUUCAGUGAGACUGACACUACAGGCCAUUGUAAGGUGUUUAUGGAGUCGGAGGAUGUGGGUCGGACACUUGAUCUGUCAGCUCUUGGUUCAUACGACGAGCUGUACAGAAAGUUACUCAACAUGUUUAGCUUAGAAAAGUCGGAGAUGUUGAGCAACGUGCUUUACAGGGACGAGGCUGGUGCAGUUAAACACACCGGAGAUGAGCCAUUCAGUAACUUCACGAAGACAGCAAGAAGGCUUACAAUUCUGAUGGAUUCAAGCAGCGACAACAUGGGAAGAUAGAGAAUAACUGAACUCUAUAUCCAUAUCAAUUGUACAGUUAACUAUUACUAUGCUGUUUUGUUUUAUUCUGCAUUUAAAUUCUUGAAUUUGGGAGGUUUCGACGUCUGCAGACAUAGCUACAGACUUUUGUAUCUGAUAUUCUAUCGUAUUCAAAUGAUUAAUUUCUAAAUUGUUGAGGUUC